GAGAGGGCCGCCAGGGAUCUGAGCCUCGUGUUCGAUGGUACCAUAGCCGUGGUCGCCUUGCCGCAGGCCUUGGGCAGCAUGGACAACUAUUGGCCACUGGGCUGCUUCUACUGCCCGCUUUGUGACACCGCGCACGUCUUCUUGAAUCAAGGCCAGAGUGGAGGCAAUGCCUCGGUGGAAAGGUCACCUGCCUCCACGACUAGAGCUGCAACAACAGAGGCCUCUGCCGCAGUUCAGCUCCUUUGCCGCGCGCCACCGGACCGCCUGGCGUCGACAUCCACUUCGGAGGAGCCGUGGCUUCGAACGCU